AUGGCGUCUGCGCAGGAAAACAUGGCUGCAGCAACACGUUCUCUUCAAAAGCUUGCCGUCUUUCUGCUGCUCUUGGUCGCUCUGGUGUGUGGGCACAUCCUUCUCUUUCACCUGCGAUCCGUGAUGGUCCCUUUCGUUCUGAGCACACUGGUAAUAAUCGCAGUGGAGCCGACAGUGGAUGCCCUGUACGAGCGCUUUGCCGGGCUGACUACGCCUUACAGGUGGUUCUGCUGCUGUUGUCACCGCAGGCGCAAGGAGGGCCAUAGAGACGAGGAGGCGGACGAUCCGGAUCGCCGGGUGUUAGAACCUCUGAGAGGCGGCAGCGAUGAUGAUCCUAUCUGUGAGGGUGCAGCUCGCUGCGCCUCCGUGAGCAUUGCGAUUUGCCUGAUUCUGUUCGUUGUCACGCUCCUUGCCGGCUCGCUCCUCGCCGGUGCGCUGCACCUUCGGGAAAGCUGGCAGAGUUAUUCCUCGGGGGCCACAAAUCUGGUGGAGUGGCUGCAGGCCACGACAAGGAACCUUUCCGCCCGUCUUCGCUUGAGCGAAGAUGCAGAUGUUCGGUUGAACGGGUUCUACACGUCUUUGCUGGACAAGGGGCAAGCUCUCGUCUCGAGCGUGGUCGAGGCAAUUAUCGCAGAGGUCUCCUCGUGUGUGGUGAGCCUCAUCAUCAUAUUAUUGUACGUGAUCUUUGGGCUGCUAUAUCCCUUGCCGAUUGGUGGCAAGGUGAGCAAUCUGGUCCGCAGCUAUCUGUGGAAGAAGACAGUUGUCUCCCUCCUAUAUGGCUUCUCUGUGUCCGCCCUCUUUCUGCUCUUGAACAAUGACCUCGCAAUUUUUUUCGGCAUUGUCUCCUUCUUCUUCAACUACGUUCCGGAAGUGGGCACAAUCAUUGCCAUCUUCAUUCCGAUGCCGGUGAUUCUCUUGGAUGGUCGACUCCUUUCCCCAGCUGCCACGCUCGCGAAAGCUACCGUUGGACAGCUGGUUCUCAAGAUUGUCUUUAACAACAUCAUCGAGACGAGCCUAAUUCAGAACGACCAAGAGAUGAGGAUACAUCCCGUCUGGGUCCUUCUCACCAUCAACUACUUCGGCUUCAUUUGGGGUCCGGCAGGCGGCAUGCUGGCAUUGGACAUGGGACGUCUAUGUAUAUGUAUACAGAAAAAUUGUGUGUGUGUAUAUAUAUAUAUAUAUAUAUAUAUAUAUAUAUAUAUAAGUUUGUAUGUAUAUAUGUGUAUGUAUAUAUGUAAAUGUAUAUAUAUAUAUAUAUAUAUAUAUAUGUAUAUUCAUAUAUAUAUAUAUAUACAUAUGUAUAUAGAAGCUGAGGAAUGA